CUUGGGAAUUAGGAAGCCAUGGUUGUAGUGCGUGUUUGAUCCAGCGUGACUUUCAUCACCUUCACACAAUUCCAUGGCGUCACGUGAAGAAACGAGAAUCAAUAACGAUUCCGGUCUGGUGACGAUAUCGAGAAGUCUGGGUUUCCGUUCAGCCACACAAGAUAUUGCAUAUAUUGAAUAUGGGAUCGUUAAAAACAUCACCUGUCGUUGCCCCUUAACGACGAUGGGCGUAUUUGGUUGCGCCACGUUGACUUUAAAAGAGGAAGGAAGAGAGUGAGAGCGCGGUGGGUUUGCGACCUCCAGAGAAAAACGUCGGAAUCUUCUUAUUAUUAUUUUUGUAAAAGACUUUGGCAGCAACCUCCUCCUCCUGUAGUCACCAUAGAGGAUAGGUUUAAAAAGCCUACGACUCUAGUCUGCACGUGUUCAGUUGCCGGCCGAGUGUCGAGACUUGCACAACGAUCUCAGCAAACUACUUGGAAGAGACGAGGUGAUGAGAAUAUGAUGGCCAACUUGUUGAUGUUCCUCACCGCUGCGUUCCUGAUUUCGUACGGAAGCAUUCAUUCAGCUGUUCCAAGGAACGAAGGACGUCAAUGGACAGGAGAGUUGGCAGAACCGAUCGAUUGCAGUUUUCCGCUUAAUGUUGAACGAAAUUCAACAACGUCACAUAAUUCACCAAUAGAACGAGUUUCUUUCUGCCAUAAAACCACAAAUGGGCCGUUUGUCGACGGUACACUUCCUUCUGGAGCCAGACCCAGUGGCGAGCGCCAACUCGACUCGUACUGCGACGCCUGGACGUCCAGCGACGCCAAGACGCUCGGAGUGGCCGCCUCUCUCAUCGCUUACUCUCCGUCCCACCAACAGCAGCAGCAGACGGGCGGCGGUGGCGGUGGUGGUGGCAAAUUGUUGGCCCAGAACAAAUUCUCCUGUCAGAACCGAUUCGUCGUCCUGUGCAUCGAAGCCACCAGCCAAGGGGUGGCCACCAGUGGCAGCGGGCGGGUGAAGCGGACGGCCGAGCACAUCAUCUCGGAGGAUCACUACCAAGCCCACCUUCAGUCACUCUUUUAACAUGUUCAUUUGUCGUGUUCCACAAAUCUCUCCCAUGCAAAUUUUCGAUUUCAUUCUGAAAAUGAUUUGCAAAAAUGACCCACGAGUCGGCCAAAGACCCGAAGGCACUUCUUCGUCUCUGCAUUUCCUUUUUUAAAAAAUGUUUUUCUAAACUUGGGCAGCUUUUUUGGGGGAAUAAAAAACAAUCCGACGACAAUCGACCCAAAAUGUCGUCGUUGGCAAUUUAUAUAUUUUUGAACUUUAACCCCUUCCUUGUCUUUCUUUCUCCCCCCGAGGAAUGAUGAGAUUGUCUGUGUGUGUGUUGCAUCAGUCACAAAACGUGUUCUGCGUCCAAAGUCUUUGAUAUAACAC